GGCAUUGUCGUUGAGCAGGUGCCCGUGAUCAAGUUCACCAUCGUUGUCACGAUCUCCACCGAAGUGAUCGGCAUCGACGUCACCGAACUCGAGGCCUCCUUCCGCUCUGCGCAGCAGUGCUUCGUGCCAGAGUGCGGCCUCACCGUGACACUCCAGCCCGUCGAGCAAUCGGCAGCCCGUCGGGCACUCCAGACUGCGGAAACGGCUGCUUUUAGCACGGCGAGCGUGUUCAGAGAUGGCAACGCUGUCGCCGCCGUCCGCAACGCGAGCUAUGAGUUCGCGGGGAAGUCGGCCACCCAAGCCGGCGAUAUCCUGAAUCAGCCCGUCAGCAAGGUCGACCCCGAUGUCAACGAACGCGAGGACACCGAGCCGCGCGCGGACGGCGCCGUCUACGCAAUGCUCCACCACACCGGCCUGGCUGUAAACGCUCUGUUUGAGGCGUGUGCCUUCUUCCUGACCUCCCCCUCCAACCUCAAGGUGCGGGGUACCUUUGUCACGGACCUCUUCAUCAGAGUCGUCACCGCGACCACGGGUCGCACUGUGCGCGUCGAGUUCUCGCCAAACGCGCCACCCACUCCGCUCGUCCACGGCCUCGAGGGGGGGACGCGGCGCGUGCUGCCUGGCGAACCACCUCUCGUCGCGGAGGACGUCACCAUCGCCGUGAGAAGGACCGCCAACAUCGAGGUGCUGUACGUGCGCACAGGCGGCUGGGCCGUCAAUGCAACCGCGCGGUUCAUCCAGCGCUCGGCGACCACCCGGAAGAAGCAGGUUGACCUCUCGUUCAAGCCGCUGCGAGAUCCACUCGAGCCAAACCCCGUUACCGGCGAGGUUGUGGCUCCGCACGGACUGGUCGGCCAGUCCUUCGACGGCGACGGCAUCGCGGUGAGCGGUAAGAAGGAUCAAUACCGCGAGCUGUGGUGGCGCCAGACGUCCUUCAAGGCCAAGGAGAUCACGACCGAAGCGCAAGCGGAGGGCGCUAUCGAGGGCUCUGGCGACGAUUACAGG